AUGGCAGAUUCUCAUCCAGUCCAUAAAAGCCAUGAAGAGUUAUCCAGUUUACUGACAAAUGAAUUUCUUAGAAACAGUAAAUUAAAAACAGGACCUACUACAAAAUAUAUGCUUGAAACAAGAAAGCUAACUGAGGGAAACUUACUGAGGAAAGAGAGAAUUGGAGAAAAGGAUGAUAAAAAACCUCGUAAGAUCAUACUGAUGGUUGGAGAAACAGGCAUGGGGAAGACCACUCUCAUCAAUGCAAUGGUGAAUUACAUCACAGGUAUCAGAUGGGAGCACAGAAUCUGGCUGGAGGUUGUUGAGAUAUCAGACAAGCAAAGUGAUUCUCAGACAGCAGCAGUCACAGUUUAUGAAGUUUUUGCACAAGACAGCCCAUUCUCCCUCAUUGUUAUUGACACACCUGGAUUUGGUGACACACAAGAAUAUACAGAAGACUGUGGUAAGGAAACACGCGUUGCUGAAGCUUUACAGCAGUUGUUCAGAUCUGAAGAUGGGAUUCAUGAAAUUCAUGCAGUGUGUCUUGUGCUGAAGGCCACAGAUGUUCGACUCCAUGACAGACAGCUGUAUAUUCUGGAUGAAAUUCUUUCAUUAUUUGGAAAAGAUAUAGAAAAACACAUCGUACUACUGUUCACACAUAGUAGUCAAAAAAAUCUCCCAAAAAAGGUCUUUCAUUUCAUCAAAGACUCUGGAAUUAAAUGUGCAAUAAAGGAAAAUGGUGAACCUAUUUAUUUUCAUUUUAACAACUGUCAGAGUGAAUGUUGUGAUGAUGAAGAUAGAGAAAGUUACAAAUCAACAUGGCAUUGUGGAAUUGAAAACUUCGAGCAGUUCUUUGAUUAUCUGAAUGGGAUAAACCCCAUAAGUUUAAAUAUGACUGAGGAUGUGCUGAAAACCCGAAAGCAACUGGAUGCCAGUGUCCAUAAUUUAAAGGAUCGAAUCAGGCUGGCAGAACUCAGAAAAAAGGAACUUGAGCAAACAAAAGAAGCUUUAAUGAAAUGUGAAAAUUAUAGAGAGGAACAGAAUAACUUUCAAUAUGAAGUUGAUGAAGUCUAUAAAGAAGAGGUUUUAAUAAAUACAUCAUGGUGCAGCUUAAGCAAAAAAGCAACUCGCUGUCUUGAUUGUAAAGAGAACUGUCACUAUCCAGGAUGCUGGUGGGUCAAAGAUCUCUCAUGGUGUAGCGUGAUGACAGAGGCUGGAAAGUGCACAGUCUGCAGUGGGAAGUGUGACCACACUAAACAUGUGAAAGAUGAGAAAAUCUAUGACAUUAAGACACGAAAAGUCACAAGAACAAACGAGGAUCUAAAAAAGAGAUAUGAAGAAGAAUUUGGAGAAAAACAGAGUAUAAUGAAUCCAUUCACCUCGCUGACCUGCUCUGUUCAGGCCAUCCUGACACCUGGCAAACACAGGAGGGAAGAUUGUUACAAUGUUAGAGGUUUGUACCACAGUCAGGCACAAUGA